GCAGCGUCAUUGUCAUUUUUUUGCAGUUAACUGUUAAAGAUGAUUAUAAAACGAGGGGACCUGAAAUCUCUAAAAGAAUCCAAGAAUCUGCAACAGAAUAGCAGAUGUACACAAAUAGUGACAGCCCUUGAAUUCUUCUCUCUUCUGCAUUUUUCCAUCUUAUCAGUGAGAUCCUGUUACAUGUUUUCCACUUGCUUGUUGCCUUUGAGCUAGUGCAGAAUCCACAGUAUCCUCAGAGUCUUUUAAGGGGGCAUGGUCAGGAAGUUAACACCGUGCCCAGGAGGACAAUUUGUAGACAGGCAGCACAGAGGAAAAGUGAAGGUUGUUGACAACUCUGAAAUUGGAGUGUGAUGAUUCAGUCUGGUUCGUGUAGCAUGGACGUUAAAGAAAACCGCAACCUUGACAACCUCUUCUCCAAAGAAGUGCUGGGGGAGGGGCCUCACUUAACCAAUGGAAAUGCUCGGGGAUUGAGCAGGAAACGCCCUCUGGAGGAGGGCAACAAAGGCCACGGGCAUUCCAAAUUCCGGCCCAAGAAGCGCAGGAAACCGCAAGGGCCAGUCUUGCCAAAAAAUGCUCUCAUGCAACUGAACGAAAUCAAACCAGGACUGCAGUACAAGCUUCUGUCUCAGACGGGGCCAGUACAUGCACCCGUGUUCGUCAUGACCGUUGAGGUUAACGGACAGUUAUUUGAGGGCUCAGGCCCAACGAAGAAGAAAGCCAAACUGAAUGCGGCCGAAAAAGCUCUGCGCUCUUUUGUUCAGUUUCCCAAUGCAUCCGAAGCUCAUCUUGCGAUGGGCCGCACGCUGACCGUUAACGCAGACUUCACUUCAGAUCAAGCAGAUUUCCCAGACAUGCUAUUUAAUGGAUUUGAGACGCCCACACCGCCUGAUGACACCUUCUACUUGAGUCUUGGCAGCAAUGGGUCUCUCUGCUCCUUAAACGAAUACCCUUUGCCCGUGGCGCUGAAAAACAUCAACCGGUCACGUCCUCCUCUCCCACUACCCCCUGCAUUCACAAUGCCCCCUACAGGCAGUGGCAAAAAUGCUGUGAUGAUCCUAAAUGAGCUUCGGCCUGGACUGAAGUAUGAGUUUGUGGCUGAGAGCGGUGAAAGCCAUGCCAAGAACUUUAUAAUGGCAGUUACUGUAGAUACACAGAUGUUCCAAGGUUCUGGACGGAAUAAAAAGCUGGCGAAAGCGAGGGCAGCCCAAGCCGCUCUGUCAGGCCUUUUUAACAUGCAACUGGACCAGACACCAUCCCGGCAGCCAAUCCCAAGAGAGGGACUUCAGCUACACCUUCCUCAGGUCCUCGCAGAUGCCGUCUCCCAUUUAGUUGUUGAAAAGUUCAGUGAGCUGACGGAUAACUUCACAUCUCCACAUGCACGGCGGAAAGUUCUUGCAGGUGUUGUCAUGACAACCGGUACAGAUGUGAAGGAUGCUCAGGUGAUUUGCGUCACCACAGGAACCAAGUGUAUAAAUGGGGAGUACAUGAGUGAUCGAGGACUGGCCCUUAACGACUGCCAUGCUGAGAUCAUCGCACGUCGCUCCCUCAUCAGAUACCUGUACAGUCAGAUGGAAUACUUCCUCAGCGACAGCACUGAGGAACAUGAGAAAUCCAUAUUCAGAUGGUGUAGUGAACAUGGCUACCAGCUAAAAGACGAUAUUCAGUUCCAUCUGUAUAUCAGCACGUCGCCCUGCGGAGACGCCCGGAUCUUCUCCCCUCAUGAGGCUGGUGCCGAGGACCAGGGCGACCGACAUCCAAACCGCAAAGCUCGCGGACAACUGCGAACCAAGAUUGAGUCUGGAGAAGGUACAAUACCUGUUCGUACGAGUAACACCAUUCAGACCUGGGAUGGCGUGUUGCAGGGAGAACGACUGCUAACCAUGUCGUGUAGUGACAAGAUUGCCAGAUGGAACGUCAUUGGAGUGCAGGGGUCUCUUCUGAGUUAUUUUACAGAACCCAUCUAUUUCUCUAGUUUAAUUUUGGGAAGUCUGUAUCAUGCGGACCAUCUUUCCAGAGCCAUGUACCAGCGCAUCGCCGACAUAGACGAUCUGCCCAAGCCAUUCGCCCUCAACAGACCUCUUCUUAGUGGUAUCAGUAACACAGAAGCAAGGCAACCUGGGAAAGCUCCCAACUUCAGCGUCAACUGGACAGUCGGAGAUCAGGGGUUGGAGAUCAUUAAUGCCACCACAGGAAAAGAUGAUCUCGGAAGACCGUCUCACCUUUGUAAACAAGCCCUCUACAACCGCUGGGUCUGUCUACAUGCCAAGCUCAGUGAGACUCUGCGGAUCCAAGGAUCUCGGCCAGGCUCCUACCACGAGGCAAAACAAGCGGCAGUGGAGUAUCACGCGGCCAAACAGACUCUCUUCAAAGCUUUCUACAAAGCAGGACUUGGAGCAUGGGUUGAAAAACCCAUUGAACAAGACCAGUUUUCCCUUACUUCUUAA